CUUAGUAAGACCCUCGACGUGUGUAGCCAAUUCGAACUACUGAGACGAAGUGAUAAGCGUGGAAAACAGUAAUUCCUUCCCGAGUACCUUUAGUCUAAUAUCGCAAUAAUUUCGCAGUUGUGCUUUCCCUUGUUUCAGGAGGCAAUUCUCCCUGGCACUAUUGGCUUUUAAGUCAACUUAUUCGUCUCGCCACGGGUGCCAAGCGAUCACAAUCGGGGAUUCUACGUUUCCCCGCCUCUCGCUAUCCGUUGACCCAAAAAGAUAACUCCGAGUUGAUAGUGACGUCAAGGAAGGUCGAUGUCUAUCGCUCUAAUUUGCUGAGACCGCCUAACCUUGUCCUCGCGGGAGCAGCUCCUCCGACGAGCCGACCUUUCGUCGAGAACUCAUCACACCCUCGUUGUGAAAUUUGGCGGGGACGGCGUUACAUCCUCGCAACGCUUGCUGGAGUGCAUUACGGUCGUACUGCUGAUAUUGCCGGAAAGGGGGGAGGUGGUUGAUGAUAAAUACGCAGAAGACAAUGGAAAAUACAUACUUAUUGCCUUUUAUAGAGAAAUAUAUUGUGGAGGUCAUCAGCUCUGUGUCUUGGCCGGACCGAACCAAACAACCAUUUGGAAACAGCCUAACAAAGGUUCACCUGGUUUGGGGACAAUGUGGGGGAUGGACAUCGAGUAUUAACGGAAACAGACAGCGUGGAUUCCAUAUCUGCUGCCACCAAGUGAUUCACACAUUGCUUCCCCGCGUGGCACCACAAAACUAUCGCUCCUGGUGUGGACGGGUUUUAAAGAGAUGGAAUGUAGUUUGAGACACCAACUGUGAUUCAGAGCACCUGUGCAAGUGAUGCCCUCUUGACAAUGUGCCGAGUGAGCACAGUGUCUCUACUUGGUGCUUCUUCGCUAGACCGGCUGGCCGAGUUUUGAAACUGAGCAUGCGUGGAUAGCCCUUGACCAAUAAGACAUCUGCUCUCUCCUGAACGAAUCACCGACUCCGUACACAGCUCGUGACCUACCCCUGGCUUGCCUGUUACACUGACUGCGCGCUAAUACCCGGAUCGAUGCCUGAAGUUGGUUAAAUUUCCACCCAGGGAGUGCGCGCAUCGAUUCCGACAAACUGGCUCGAACACAUCUGCACUGGCUUCAACGUGCGUUAGGGGACUGUGCCCGGUAAGAAAGCCACGUUCCCUGGUGUGAGUUGUAGAGGCAUUCUAGUAAUCCGAAAAGAACAACCGUUGUCUGUAGUCUCGGUAAGAGUUGGAAAGAAAUUUGAAGCUUUUCGGCAUGGAAGAGGGAAACGUUUCCACCACUGUACCGACGUACUUGAAGUUGGGCGAGGACGAUGAGAAAGAGGAACUGUACCGACACGAUGAAAAAACACGGACAAUAGCAAUAGCGGUCAUAUUUGUAGUCACUGUCAUUGGCAAUGUGUUGGUACUCAACUGGCUGUUUGUGCACCGGCGAGAACGCACGAGAAUCCACGUGUACAUGACCUUCCUGGCGCUGGCCGAUCUCAGUGUUGGCAUGAUUCCGCUGCUGGUGUCGCUGAUCAUGUCCCUGAAGGAGAACGUAUGGGAGUCGACGGACGCCGCGUGCCGGGUCCGCAUGCUGAUGGAGAGCGUGGCGCUGAUGGCCUCCAGCAAUAUGGUGGUCGCUAUCGCAGUGGACCGGUACCAUUCCGUGAUUUUCCCGCUUCGCAAGCAGCUGCCCGAGCUGAAGGUGAUCUCGACGGCCUUCGCCUUGGCUUUUCUCCUGUCCUUGCCGCAGCUCUACGUGUUUCGCAAGGGCGAGUUCAACGGUACGGCCUACUGCAGGACAAUCUUCAUGGGCGAAGAUGACCCGUUCCGCCAGGCCUACCUCCUAUACAUCGCCUCGGUUGUGUUCAUUAUCCCCUUCUUAGUUAUCAGCGUCUCCUACCUUCGCAUCGUGGCUAAAUUGUACAACGAUGGCAAAAAUCUCUUUCAGAGCAACUGGAAGAAAUCGACACGAUGGAGAACCCUCAAAAUGACUUUUGUUAUCAUCGGCGCCUACGUGGUGUGCAAUAUGCCGUAUUUCACCACCGAACUCAUCCGAGGGUUUGCAGGGCAAGGUAGCGUCGAUAAGGUGGCCUUCAGCGUUUUCAGUGUCUUCGCCCCGUGCAGCAGCGCCUUUAACCCGUACAUAUUCCUUUUAUUCAACGUCUGCGGCAAAACCAAGAACCGAAGGCCGGGCCAGGGCUACACCACACAGACGGCCGUGCUGGAACAGUCUACUACGCCAAGGUUUGGGAGGGAAGUCAAGGCUGUGGACUGCGCCUACUACAAAGCAGCCAGGUCGCCUGUCAAAACGGCCAUAUGACAACAACCGUCCGGGUGCCGUGCCCCCGAAAUGAUAGAAUUACUGGAACAGAGGACAGAUGCUGUUCCCGACUAAAACUUCGCCUUUUUAUCACGGUGACAUAUUGAGGUUAAUAAUUCAUAUGAUACUCAUCGAAUCAUCUUCAUGUUUUUGACUGAUGACCUCAGUGUGAUCAUGUCUGACCAUAACUUCACGAUCUGAAAAUGCUGAAGAUACAUGCCAAUUCAAUGACUGUUUCAUUUAGCAUUACAAGUAAAACAACGAAAAGGUAAAAACCAUUUUAUUUUCUCCUAAUUGUAACUGGUGAUUUUGUACAUUAUUGAAUGAUGCUACGAAUUUGUAAGGAAUUGUGCAUUAGCUGUACAAAUCUGAUUUUAAUUAUAUAUAUAUAUAUAUAUACGUGCAUGUAUAAAUGCAGACUAUGAUUUCACAGAAUGACAACUGUAUCAUAAAAUAAAUUUACAGAACAGACACAAUUGCUGCUGCGUAAAGGGCAGAAUAGUGGAGACGGACGAAUCCCAGCCAAAGCGAUCAAACGCAACUUACUUGAAAGUCUGUGUGAGCUAUUGGCAUUUCAGGACCGUAUUCGCUUUGCCGAGGCUUGAUAAAUAUCACCCCUACCCUCUUCUCGGCAAGUCUUUGCUCCCAAGGAUUGUGUAGCAAAUGUCAAAGCUCAUUAUCUCAUUAUCAGCUCAAAUCUCAUUAAUAACACUGUUUGGGUGUCUGCCAUCGGAUGCGUCGGGAUACCUCCAACUACCACACUUUGAUAUUUUGGUGAAUUUUCACUGCGGUAUUCGGGAGCUUCUGACAUUGGGAAGCGCAAGUCGCAAUCUCAGCGUGUAUUUGUGCUGUAGUUUAUAGAGAUUGCACACUGCAUGUCUCUUUCCGAAUCAAGCUCUCUCUCUUUUUUUCUUUUUUUCUUUUUUUUUUUUUUUUUGCGUUUCAAGUCCAGACAGACUUACUCAGACAAGGUCGAUUCGCUGCGCACUUCAGACAAAAACUUAACGGAAACAUCCAUUCAAGUAUGUUUGUUGUAGUAACGUGUAGUGGAAGUAUAAAUAGAGAAUUCAGUGCACUAAUGCUCCACAGAGAAACAAUGGAAUUAUUACAUUUCAGUUCUAGCGAGACACAGGUGUGCUUUUCACGGCGGGGAAUCAAUAUUUCAGAAAAAAAACCGAAAUGUAUCACCCAUUUAAACAAGUGUUAGAGCGGCGUAGAGUUGGGCUAAUGAUCUUCAGAAAUCGUGAAUCAAACCUGUGCUGGUGUGAACACAAUAUUGGGCUAUAUAAUCAUUGUAAUAAUUAUGUUUAAUUUUAAGACUCUGCAUUUUUAUCCGUAUGAAUUGUAUAGUAAUUUAGAGUAGCUGUCUCAUGAUCUGUGUUGUAUGCUGGUAUAAAUGCCUGGGAGAUUUUUUUUCUGACCCAAGCAGCCUAUGUGGUAAAAUUAA